AUGAAGGAUUCUGCAUGUUCUGCUCUCCUCGGCCUCGCAGGCUACGCAAUUAGUGCCCAGUCACAGCGUCCGCUUGGACUACCCAGCGCCCAAUCUGACCUUCUACGCCUGCACAAGUCCCUGGUGGAGAUCGAGUCCAUCAGCAGAAACGAGCAUGACGUCGCGGUUUUCCUAGCCAAGUACCUCCAGCAGCAGGGGCUCAAAACCACCCUACAGCCUAUUCCCGGAUACCCCAAGCGUCUCAACGUCAUAGGCUGGCCCGGUUUGAAGCCGUACCCGACAGCCGCCGGGGUGCUGGUGACAUCGGACAUCGAUACCGUGCCGCCUUUCCUCCCGUACCGGAUCGGCGCACAGGGCACAGACGUCAACGCCUCGACGGCGAUACGUGGCCGCGGCGGGGUGGGUGCCAAGGCGAGCGUGGCGGCCCGGGUGGUCGCUGUCCGAGAGGUCCUGCGGAGUGGCGCCAUCCACAACGGGGACGCGGCCCUCCUCUAUGUCGUAGGCGAGGAGCACGACGCCGCAGUAAUGCGGGCCUUCUCGGGUGCGGUCCAGGCUGCCGUCUUCGGGGAGCCGACGGAGAACAAGCUUGCGUGCGGCCAUAGGGGGCAUGCGGCGUGUACGGUGCGCGCUCAUGGGGUUGCCGGACACUCGGGGUAUCCGCUGUUGGGGGAGAGCGCGAUAGAGGUCCUGGUCAGGGGCCUCGGGGCUAUUAUGGAUGCGGGCUUCGGGAGGAGUGAGGAGUUCGGGAACGCGACUAUCAAUAUCGGCUUGAUCAGUGGUGGCGUGGCGGUGAGUGUGAUCCCAGAGGCGGCGGAGGCGGCGGUGAAUGUCCGCGUUGCGACGGGACCCGAGGAGGGUGGAGACCAGGUGGCUAUUAAGGAGGCCCUGGUUGUCGAGUGCAAGAGGGGACGUGGUGCUGUGUAUGCUGACUUCCUCGUUGCUAACGAGUAUUUCCAGGCUUUGAAAAAAGGUGACUAUAAACGGCAUCUGUAUGGGCCUGAGACCAUCUUGGUGGCGCAUUUAGAUCACGAAGCGCUGACUGUUGGUGAGCUGGAGGAGGGCGUCGAGGGGUUCAAGAAGCGGCGCGAGAGCGGGGUGGAUGAAGAUGAGUAG